AUGAAGCUCAUUGCUGUCUUUGGACUUUGGAUCGCUCUGCUCUGUCAGGCACACAGCAAUUCCCUUGACUCAUGUCAGAACCGCUGCGGCUUUGGAACUGACAGUGAUUUCUCCUGUCAAUGUAAUCCGCCCUGUGAGCGCUUCAGAGACUGCUGUUCAGACUACGCAGACAUUUGUAAAGCUGACUCCACAUCUUGUAAAGGUCGAUGCAAUGAGAAAUACAACUCUCAAAACAAGUGCCACUGCAACUGCAAGUGCACGAAGUUCAACAACUGCUGCAGCGACUAUGCAGCUGUAUGCAACGGUGGCGAAAGUGGUGGUGGUUCCGUCAUCACAAAUGCCGAGAUCAAGUCUGUCUCAGAAGCACUUUACGCUCUGGACUCAAACCGGGCUUCGGCUUCACAGUUGGAGAUUGACCCCCAGGUUCUGAUCUCAGGAUCUCAGACCGGCUCCGAGGCAGACCUCUCCUAUCGGCCCUUUUUCCGCUUUCUGGAUGAGGAAGGUCUGUUCUCCAGGCCCACCUAUGCGACUCUCCUGGCUUUGCUGGACAACUACAACAGGAUGACCGGACAAACGGAGGAUGUCAGCUCCCAGGAGACGGCUGAGCAGGACAUCUUCCUCAGGGAAACCAUGUCCAACACCGAGGUGGGCCGAGAACUCUUUGCCUUCUUGUACACCAAGGGUGUCUACACGUCAGAGGAAGAGUUCAUAUACGAUCUGAAGAUGAUGUGGUUUGGCUUGUACUCUCGAAACAAAGGGAAGAUGGAUUCCAGUGGUUUUGAGCACAUUUUUGCAGGUGAGAUCAAGGGCGGGAAGGUGUCAGGCUUCCACAACUGGAUCCAGUUUUACCUUCUUGAGAAAAGAGGGCUCCUGAAUUACUACAGCCACAGCUUCAACGGGCCUUGGACAACCUACCCGGACGUACUGGGAAUGCAGUUCAGGUGGGAUGGCUACUUCAAGCAGGUGGGCUCUGCAGUCAUUGGGUGCAGCCCCGAAUUUGACUUGGCCAUUUACAGCAUGUGUUACAUCACCAGGCCUGGAAAACAAUGUCGUUUGAGUAUGGGUGGAAAGGAGCUGAUCAUCCAAACGUACACAUGGGAUAACUCUUACUAUGGGGAUGGGAAGAAAUAUAUUGGCACUGGUUAUCCCGCAACGCCCAGGACCUGAAAAAGCCAUGCAGGAGUCUGCUGUAUGCUACGUUAUGACACUGGUGCACAACAGUACUUUGAAUACAUCACACACUGAUUGACAAGGAACAUAGAUGGAACACUGUCGUAUGGAAGUUUUAAAAUUUCACUGAAAAAAAAAAAAAAAAGCAAAUUUGAAAUCA